AUGUCCUCACCUGGUCCUCACCAUGUCCUCACCAUGUCCUCACCUGGUCCUCACCAUGUCCUCACCUGGUCCUCACCAUGUCCUCACCAUGUCCUCACCAUGUCCUCACCAGGUCCUCACCAUGUCCUCACCAUGUCCUCACCUGGUCCUCACCAUGUCCUCACCAUGUCCUCAUCAUGUCCUCACCAUGUCCUCACCUGGUCCUCACCAUGUCCUCACCAUGUCCUCACCAUGUCCUCUCCUGGUCCUCACCUGGUCCUCACCAUGUCCUCACCAUGUCCUCACCAUGUCCUCACCAUGUCCUCACCAUGUCCUCACCUGGUCCUCACCAUGUCCUCACCAUGUCCUCACCAUGUCCUCACCAUGUCCUCACCAUGUCCUCACCUGGUCCUCACCAUGUCCUCACCAUGUCCUCACCUGGUCCUCACCAUGUCCUCACCAUGUCCUCACCAUGUCCUCACCAUGUCCUCACCAUGUCCUCACCUGGUCCUCACCAUGUCAUUGAGAUUGUCCUGA